GACAGAACAGAUCCGCGAGUGGACGACUACUUAUUUCUGAAAGACCUCGCAAAAGAACACUGAAACUUCAAGACACUUAAAGGUUCCAGUCCAGAGAAAUAACUGAACCUGAACUCUUAGACUGCGCUGAAAAUGGCUGUCAUGCUGAAACCUUGGACCGUCAUCGCUACCCUCCUCUUCUGCGUGCUCCUGUGUCUCGGGACAUUUGUGGACGCCUAUCCGCCCAAACCAGAGAAUCCCGGAGAUGACGCUCCUCCGGAGGAACUCGCCAAAUAUUACACCGCGCUGAGACACUACAUCAACCUCAUCACGAGACAACGGUAUGGAAAAAGGUCCACUUCGGAGGAUUUGAUGGCUGAGUUGCUGUUCGGAGAUGACACAGAGCACAAACAGAGAUCAAGAUAUGAUGACUCUUAUAUGUGGUGAAGUUCAGUGACCCCCAUGUCGCCUGUCCUGAGCUAAGCCCACCUGUGCCUCCCAUAGAAAACCUCCAGACAACUAUAUGAGAACUAGUCACCAUCAGACAACCUCAUCCACCUCUAUAUUAAAUACAUGCCCUCUUUUUCUUUAAUGUGCACAGAACAAAUACCAUUAAGAACUGUACAUAAUAUAUUAUAAUAGGAAUCAAUGAUGGAAAUGUAUAUGUGUAUACUUCAUUGUGUCAUACAGAAAUUAUGAGCUUUUGUUUGUACCAUGUAAAUUAUUAUAUGUGAUUAAAAGUUUAUUGUGUGAA